AUGCGUUUCACCAUCUUUGCCCUUAUCGCUCUUAUCGGCUUCACCUCCGGCGCUGCCGUAACCAAGCGCCAUGACACCUACUACGCCGGCGAUGAAUCGUACCAGGGAGGCGAGGGAAAUGAUGGAGGCAAUGGCGGCGAAGGCGAUGUCUGCGGCCCUCUCUCCACCCCUCUCUGCUGCCAGACCGAUAUCCUCGGAGUCGCCAACUUGAACUGCGAGAACGCCGGCCCCGUCAGUGACGUGGAUGCUUUCAACGCUGUGUGUGCCGAGACUGGUCUUACAGCUCAGUGCUGUAUCCUCCCUCUUGGUGCUGAUGGCUUGAUCUGCACUGCUGCUUAA